AAAUAUGUCGCACAGUGGUUCAGAAUUUGAAAAAGCUGCUCAUUGGAUAUUUUAUUGAUUAAAUUGGGAAUUCUUAAAGAUAAUGUGCAAAUUUAUGAAUAUUUACUAUAAUUUAUUAUAAGACUCUUAGGCUAUAAUUCUGAGCUAGCAAAUGAGCUAAAUGCUUUACCUCUAGACCUCUAGACCGUUAUUUAGAACCUACAAACCUAUCGAUAAAAAUAUGCAUGAAAAUUGACUUCCUAGGAUACAACCAGAGGAUAUUGGUACACAGAUAUGGUUUAUUGGGUGCAAGUGGCUGUGGAAAAACAACACUGUUAAAUUGCAUUAUUGGCCGUAAACAAUAUGACAGUGGAGAAAUUCAAGUUUUUGGGAAAAAUCCUCGUGAUGACCCAGAUCUCUAUCAUAAAAUUGGAUUCAUGCCUCAAGAUAUCUCUCUCGUUUCUGAAUAUACCAUUCAAGAGUCAGUUUUCUACUUUGGAAGAUUAGCAAAUAUGGAUACCAUUUCAAUAACAAAUCGAUUUGAAGAAUUGUCAACCCUGUUAGAGCUUCCUCCUCGCAACUGCUUUACAACAACCUGCAGUGGUGGAGAACAAAGAAGAAUUUCUUUUGUGUGUGCCAUUGUUCAUAGUCCUCCUCUAUUAAUUCUAGACGAACCAACAGUCGGUCUAGAUUCACUUUUAAGAGAUAAAAUUUGGAGUUAUCUUAGAGAAUUAGUGGAAAUGAAAAACGCGUCAAUUAUAAUAACAACCCAUUAUAUUGAGGAAUGUAGUAGAGUUAACAAGGUUGGACUUGUACGUAAUGGAAAACUGUUAGCUGAGAAUUCUCCAUCGGCUUUAAUGCAUAAAUACCAAACAAACACUUUGGAAGAAGCGUACUUAAUGUUAUCACGUGAACAAGAUGAACGUACUUUACACCAGUUAACAGAAAGUGACAGUAUGGAAAAAAUCGAAUUAUCAGAUUUUCCUAUAACUAAGGUGGAAAACUUGGAAAGUAAUAUUAAUCAACCGGUUCAGCUAGAAUCAUCUAAUGAGAGAACGAGGAACCGUUUUAAUAUAAGGAGAUUACGUGCCUUAAUGGAUAAAAACUUUAAACAAUUUUAUAGAAGCUGGUUAAGUGUUCUACUCUUUAUGAUUUUGCCGAGUACACAAACAGUGUUUUUCAAAUAUGGAAUAGGUGGUGAGAUUAGAGAUUUAAAAUUUGGAAUAGUAAAUGAUGAAUUACCUGGACAAUACUGUGAAUAUUCUAAUAUCAAUUCUACAGUAAUAUCAAAUUUAGAUUCAUUGGAUUGCUACGUUGGUAUACUAAGUUGCAGAUUCUUAGAAUAUUUGGAGAUUCCAUUGAUAAAUAAGGUUUAUUACAACUCAAUAAACGCUGCUAUCACAGAUGUACAACAUGGAGAAAUUAUUGGUACAAUGCAUAUCAGACAAAAUUUUUCAAGAUAUUAUGAAAAAAGGAUAAAUGCGGAAAUCUCUGACUCUGUAAUAAAUAAGAGCACAAUUGUAGUUUACUUGGAUCUAUCCAACAGGGAAACUGGGGGUAGUGUAAAAUAUAAACUCAUCGAUCAAUUUUUAAAAUUUCAAGAGGAUCUAUAUAUAGAAUGCGGAAGGGAUAGGAGAUUAGCUAAAUUGCCCUUUCGAGAACAAUACUUAUAUGGAAAAAAUGAUGAACCAUUUUUUAUCUUUAUGUUGCCCGGAAUGGUAGUAUCAAUUGCGUUCUUUUUUGGAGUAACUAUGACUUCUCAAAUUAUAUUAUCCGAGAAAUGUGAAGGAAUAUGGGAGAGAUCUUUAAUAGCAGGAGCCAAAUCUACUGAAAUGAUAGUUUCUCAUUUGAUUCUUCAAAUUGGACUUUCCAUGUUUCAAAGUCUGGCACCCUUAAUAAUUGUUUUUUAUAUAUUCGAAUACCCUUAUGCUGGCAGUAUGUUUUCCAUGGCAUUAAUAGUUUUCCUCGAGGGUAUUUGUGGCCUCACCUUAGGGUUCUGCAUAUCAGCUAAUAGUAAAAACCACAUUCAAGCUCAUAUUUUAAGUACCUCAUUUUUGUUUCCCACUUUAAUAACUUGUGGUUUCAUGUGGCCUUUUGAAGCAUUACCCAAGCUGCUACAAACUAUCAUACAAUAUUUUCCAUUCAGUACGCCCAUCGCUACCUUUAGAAGUAUAAUGAAAAAAGGAUCUACCGAAGAAAAUUUAUAUGAAAUAAUGGCAUCGGUUGGUUUGAUAGCAUUUUGGACAUUACAAUUUAUAUUAAUUAGUUUCCUUACAUCUAGGGACAAGCAAAAGAAAUAAAAAAUAUCAUUAAUAAUAAGCUUUUACUAAUACAAUUCAUAUUGAUUUUU